GCAGCGUGCUAUCCUUGAUCUAAAGCGAGCACAACGCAUCUUCUGCUUCCUACUGCAGCAAGCCGAUGCAGCUAGUAGCUCAAGUUCCGGCGAGAAGAAGAAGCACCACAACAACUUGCCUUUCGAUAAGGAGAAGGUAUCGGAUCACGAGAAAUUCUGCGGCGACACCCUCACUAAAGCUAGCUACCACUUGGAGUUCGAACGGCAGAAGGAGGAGAAGCGCCGGCUUGAGAUUGAGGCCCAGCGCAAACUGCUGCGCGAGUACGAGGAGCGCGUGGCACGCGAACAGGAGGAGGCUCGUGUGAAGGAAGAAGACACACGCAGACGCCACGAAGAUAUUCGACUCAAGCAAGACGAACGUCUCAAGAAGCUGCAUGAAGGGUGGAGUGUGCGUGAGCGCGAAGAGGAGGAGAAGGAGAAAAAGGUUGUCAAGAAGAAAGGAGGCAAGAAGCGCAAAAAAGCGGACGACGAGGACGGCGGCUUCAUCGAUGAUGGCGAAGACGAGAUGGAUGAAGAUGGCGAUAACAGCAUGUCGAUAGAGGACAUGAAGAACCGCAAUCCGAAGAUGAAGAAGCUGCUUGAGAAGCGCAACAAGCGUGCACGCGUGGAAUCUGGCUCAGAAGACGAAAAGGACGACCCCACUGGUCUGUUUGGCUCCGAUUCCAGCGACGACGAGCAGGAGUCCAAACCAAGUGGCGCAGACAAGGAUGACGACGACAAGGCCACCGAUGCUCCGCCUGCUGAAGAGGUCGCGGAACGUGAGGCCGAGAAGAACGAGCUCUUUGGUUCUUCGUCUGAUGAGGAGUAAGCGGUAUCUUGAUUCAGGAACGAAGACAACCUCCAGAAUGGUAGGAGUUGUAUGCUUACUUCCCUUUGCUGCAUACAACCUUUUGGUUGAACUUGCUAAAGUGGCUGGAAAGGAGGCCAGGUUCCAAAGCCUUCGCCUAUCGACAAGUGUUUUUCUCGCACAAGUUGCCCAUUCAAACAUGAAUUUUCACUUGAGCUUUGUAUGAAUGUUCGGGUUCAAAAUGGCGCGCACUGGAGAUCGAGUUGGCGCCAAAAACCCACCCGGUCCUGAUCUGAUUGGCCGGAAGCGGGCGCGCUUGAUGACCCGAACCCGAUUUCAAACCGGCUGGCCGCUCACUGAGGAAAAAAGCGCGGGAGUGCGCACCGAGUUGGGCGUUGUUGGCGCGCUCGCUCUGCCUCGCUUCCUUUGCCCAUACAGAGCGUAGACCCCAUUGCUGGUCAUUCCGGAUUUGGCGCUCGACCCAGCAAGCGACUCAACUCGACUCCUCUCUACUUCAUCAACGCGCCCACCCGUCUCGCAGCAAUGGUCGCAGCCUCGUCGGAACGCGCCGCGGCGGACAAGUCGCCGGAGCAGCCGGAGCAGGAGCUGAGCCCGCAGUUCGUGGAGGGCUUCGUCAAGGGCGUGAACGUGAAGGACGAGAAGCAGGAGGAGGAGCAGCCGAAGCUGGAGAUGUCCGAGUUCAAGCGCAAGGAGGUGAGCGGCGAGCUGCCGACGGAGCCGUUCCUGGUGGAGAACCCGAACCGGUUCGUGCUGUUCCCGAUCCAGGAGCACGACGUGUGGCAGAUGUACAAGAAGGCGGAGGCGUCGUUCUGGACGGCCGAGGAGCUGGACCUGGUGCACGACCUCAAGGACUGGGCGAACCUGACGGACAACGAGCGGUUCUUCAUCAAGCACGUGCUGGCCUUCUUCGCUGCCAGCGACGGCAUCGUGAACGAGAACCUGGCCAUGAACUUCAGCAAUGAGGUGCAGGUGCCGGAGGCGCGCUGCUUCUACGGUUUCCAGAUCGCCAUCGAGAACAUCCACUCGGAGGUGUACUCGCUGCUCAUCGACACGUACAUCAAGGACGCGGUGGAGAAGGACCACCUGCUGCGAGCCAUCGAGACGAUCCCGUGUGUCAAGAAGAAAGCGCACUGGGCGCUCAAGUGGUGCGACCCGCGGGUGUCGUCGUACCCGGAGCGUCUGCUGGCGUUCGCUGCUGUGGAGGGCAUCUUCUUCUCGGGCUCGUUCUGCUCCAUCUUCUGGCUCAAGAAGCGCGGCCUGAUGCCUGGUCUGAGCUUCUCGAACGAGCUGAUCAGCCGCGAUGAGGGCAUGCACACGGACUUCGCUUGCCUCAUGUACUCCAAGCUGGUGAACAAGCUGCCGGAGAGCCGCGUGCACGAGAUCGUGCGCGAUGCCGUGACCAUCGAGCACGAGUUCGUGCGCGACUCGCUGCCUGUGGAGCUGAUCGGCAUGAACUCGUCGCUGAUGUGCCAGUACAUUGAGUUCGUGGCCGACCGCCUGCUGUACUCGCUGGGCGUGUCGAAGAUCUACAACGCGAAGAACCCGUUCGACUGGAUGGACAUGAUCUCGCUGCAGGGCAAGACCAACUUCUUCGAGAAGCGUGUGGGCGAGUACUCCAAGGCCGGUGUGGGUGUCGCGGCGGAGGAGCAGGUGUUCACCCUGGACGCCGAUUUCUAAGUACGUGCGUCUGUAGAGUGAAUGGGUGGGUGGGUGGGUCGUCGUUCCGCGUCGGCCGUCGCGCGCCAUGCAAUCCUUCAAUUCGCGUGGCUCCUGAAGUCUUAAAGGUCGCAGCGGCAGUGUUCAUAGCCAGCUUCGUUGCAUAUUUAAAAAUUACACGCACGUUUGACAACGCUCAUCGCUAUCGCUUUCUACAUGUAGUACCUUAGUAAAGGUAUCCACUUGUUUCAAUUGUUUGCUGGUAGGCUAGACAGUUCAGAUUGACUUACAUCAAAUGUAUAUGGACAGGUAUAUGGCAGUGAACGGACUCGUUUAAGUAAUGGUCGGUACGGCUCACUAAUUCCAACAUGCUCGUUUCAAAAUGCUGCGUGGUACAAUAUCGGCCGCCUGCUUAGCACUCUUAAAGCUCGGAAAAAUAUUCCAAACAACACUGGUGUCGACAUUCGUGAACUCAUGCAUGUACAUGUACUGUGGGUGGAAUCCCGUCAUCUUGUGAAUUCGUGUAUGGCCAACUCAGAGACUUCAAGUUGGAAAAAAGUAAGAUGGAGAUAUAAGUCUACCGCAGAUUUGUACAAACUCUUUAACCAUUUAAGAGUUAGUUCUAAGCAGGCCGAUCCAUUCAACCGAUAUUGUACCACGCAGCAUUUUGAAUGGAGCAAACGAGUCCGUUCACUGCCAUAUACCUGUCCAUAUACAUUUGAUGUAAGUCAAUCUGAACUGUCUAGCCUACCAGCAAACAAUUGAAACAAGUGGAUACCUUUACUAAGGUACUACAUGUAGAAAGCGAUAGCGAUGAGCGUUGUCAAACGUGCGUGUAAUUUUUAAAUAUGCAACGAAGCUGGCUAUGAACACUGCCGCUGCGACCUUUAAGACUUCAGGAGCCACGCGAAUUGAAGGAUUGCAUGGCGCGCGACGGCCGACGCGGAACGACGACCCACCCACCCACCCAUUCACUCUACAGACGCACGUACUUAGAAAUCGGCGUCCAGGGUGAACACCUGCUCCUCCG